UCCAUUUUAUUGUAGAAAAGCAUUGACCGCAAGUGAAAAAAAUUCGCAAGUGCGAGGAAAAUCGUGCUUUUCGUGAAAAUUGUUGAAAUAAAUUGGUGCCCCACAACUUUCCCAAAAUGUUGGACAUGGAAAACAUCCAACUGCCCAAGCUAGAGAAUGAUCAAAAGUCAUACGCCGGCAUACCGGAGGCAGUGUUUGUGGAGGAUGUUGAGGCAUUUAUGAAGCAAUCUGGAAGCGAGGAAAAUGUCGAAAAGGUUCUGAAAAGCCUUGACGAGCAGCACAGUAAAUACAAAUUUAUGGAAUUCAACAUCAUCUCACGGAAGCGUCGUUUGCGACAGCAGAUUCCGGAUCUGGCCAAAAGCCUGGAAAUGAUCAAGAUCCUGAAGAACCAAUCCGAAGAACAGGAAACGCGUUUCCUUCUGAGUGAACAGGUAUUCGUCAAAACCCGAGUGCCACCUACGAAAACUGUCUGCCUGUGGUUGGGUGCAAAUGUCAUGCUCGAAUACCCGCUGGAUGAAGCUGAAGAGUUACUCAAGCAAAACAAGCAUUCGGCUGAGGUGAACCUUAAGUGUCUGGAGCAUGAUCAGGAUUUCUUACGUGAUCAGAUUACUACUACCGAAGUGAACAUGGCCCGGGUUCAUAAUUACGAUGUGAAAAAGCGUCAGGCGAAGAAAGCCGCCGAGGAAAAGUAAACGACAUUAUCCGAAAGAGAUUUUGCUUGGUCCAUCUUGCGCAAUGUGCAUAUUGCGUAUACAACAAUAUUUUUAAGGUUGAAUCGUUUGCGGUUUAAUAAAUAUUUGCAAAAUUCA